AUGGUCCCAAACCUCAACUACCUGUUGGAUAACACAUACAGGGCUUGGAAGGGCUGCUUUGGAGGCUCAGGUUGUUUACCGUCUGCUUUUCCACGCUCCACCAAUGAGCGGCGCUGUUUGUGUGACGUUGAAGUGACACACGAAGAAGAAGGUCUCCGGAAGCUAUAUAUAGUGAGCACGCGGUGCAUCCGGCCUUUCCUACAGCGCGAGGGAUUACGCCGAGUUGUCCGCAAAUCCAUCGCCAGAGUCCUGACUGUAAUCAACCAGACACAGAAGGAGAACCUGAGGAAGUUCUACAAGGGUAAGAAGUACAAGCCCCUGGAUCUGAGACCCAAGAAGACCAGAGCUCUGCGCCGCCGGCUCAACAAGCAUGAGGAGAGUCUGCGGACCAAGAAACAGCAGAGGAAAGACCUCCUCUACUCGAUCCGCACAUUUGCAGUCAAAGCUUAGAGGCUUUUUCUAUUGAUGAAAUAAAAUCUGUGAAAAAGACAAAA